AGCUUUUCCUGCCUCUCAUGAACUGGAGCCUGGAGAGAGAAAACUCUGUUACUCACUCUGUCUCCAACUCUGAGAGGAAGUUACCACCUCUUCCCCAGACUCUGUGCAUACACACGCAUUCAGGCAGACACACACGCUGCAGGACUUAACCACAGCAACAACCGUGAAACAGUCAGGACUGUUUCUAAUGUGUUUUGGAGGGAAGGAACAUUUUUGAGUCUCUUUCAAACUCUUUCUGUGUGGACUGAACAACUUCAGGGGGACAUUUUUCUUUCCAUCACUCACUGGAUGGCCAAAUGAACUAUUUGCCUGAGGACCAAAGAUCACAGGCCUCCGACAGCAAAGGAGAGCAGAGAGAAACGAAGAGGGGCACAAUCAUUUUGCAUCCAUUCUGCAGCUUCGCUUCACAUUAUGAGCUGGGACUGAGGAUUUACAUUUUGGUUUAAUUUUUGUGAAGUGAAACAAGAAGGCAAAGUCAAAAUCAACAUGGACGUCAAGAAAAAAGAAAUGGACCUCCUAAGCAACAGUAUUGCUGCAUUUGCACACAUAAAAGCAAAUCCAGAAAGCUUUGGCCUUUACUUUGUGCUUGGAGUGUGUUUUGGCCUGGUGCUGACGCUCUGCCUCCUGGUCAUCCGCAUCUCCUGUAAGACGCGUACCAACAUUGCACCCUCCAUGCCUGAGAAGAAACACCUAAAAGACAUGAGCGAGGAGGACGAGGAGAGCGAUGACGAGGAGGACGAAGCAGGGGACGACGUUGAGGCACCGGUCCUGUUGCCCAGCACGGAAAUCCCUGUGGGGAAUCACACCAGCCAGUCGGAUGGAUCUCUGAGCGUUAACGUGUUCACUUCGGCCGAAGAGCUGGAACGUGCACAGCGACUCGAGGAACGAGAAAGGAUCAUCCGGGAGAUCUGGAGGAAUGGCCAACCUGAUAUCCUGGGGACAGGAACAGGGACUAUUGGAAGAGUACACUACUAUUAGAAUCCAUGAGACAAGAAGGGAAACACUGUGAGCUCUGAGGAGAACAUACUGUAGACCUUUGGGCGGGCCUGGUGUCCUUAAAGCCUGAGAGACUGUUUUUCAUACAAAAUGACUUGUGGAACUGGAAAAAAAAAGUGAUAAUACCACAAAUGAUGUACUUCGAAGAUAUUGCACUUCCUCUGUAGCAUCGUAUGUUCUUUUCACUUGACUACAUACAACUGAACCAAGAGAUGUGGCUAAUUUAUCCCAUUUGAAAUGGAAUGGUAAAAACGUGUAAGCCGAAGGAUUUUUGGGAAAGUUAGUCUAUCACCGGUGCUUAAUAUCAGAAAAUAAUACGUUUUUUAUGUAUAAUGAUUGAAAAAUGAAACAUUGAUUGUGGAUUUUGCAAUAAAGAUAACUUGUUCAGAGAGAGAAUGGAUGAGUUUAUGGAGAAAACCCAACAUUGUUUCUCGGUGUAUUCCUAAGAGGAUAUAAAGUUGUACUAACAGAAGGAAACUGUAUUGUUUGAACAAAUGCAUAAUAACCAGGUAAUGGGAGUCAGAUGCACAUGUCUGGUAAAUUUUUCGAUUGACAUAAACCAAAAAUGCCAACAACUAAAUUAAAAGUUAAAUCUGAGCAA